CAUUUCUUUUCCUUGGAUAUACAAAACAAAGCCAACAAAGAUUAUAUAUUUCUCGCCCUCUCUCUCUCUCUCUCUCUCUCUCUCUCUGUCCUCUGCUCUAUCGGCUUCUUCUUUUUUCUUUCGGCUUUCAAUCAUCAUAAUUCCUUACAUUCAUAUUUCUCAGUCUCUGAAUUUGCAAAUCUCGAAAAAGACUGAAAAAUAAUGAAUAGAUAAAGUUGGAGAGAGAAACACUCACCCAACACAUGACAAUACCAUUGCAAUAAUUCACUUUUUUUUCUUGCUCAAUAUAUCUUCUCUUCCCUUUUUCUUUAGUAUUUACUUGCCAACUCUGCUUACCCUUCCCUUGUUCCAACUCAAAGAGGGAGAGAUCUCUCUUUCAAGUAAGUUUUGGCCAACUUCCACACUGGUGAAGGUUGGAUUCUCGAGUUGAGCUAUUAUAUAUUUUCUUGGCAAAACAUCAAUAAAGAAGAACUCCGAGAAAUGUCUAGCCCUGCAAAAGUUCUAGACCCUGCAUUUCAAGGAGUGGGUCAAAAACCUGGGACUGAAAUCUGGCGUAUUGAGAAUUUUCAGCCAGUUCCGUUGCCAAAGUCCGACUAUGGAAAAUUCUACAUGGGGGAUUCUUAUAUUGUCUUACAGACAACACCUAGCAAGGGUGGUUCGUAUCUAUAUGAUAUACACUUCUGGAUUGGUAAAGAUACUACUCAGGAUGAGGCUGGAACGGCUGCUAUCAAAACUAUUGAGCUUGAUGCAGUACUAGGAGGGCGUGCUGUGCAGCACAGGGAACUUCAAGGCCAUGAAUCUGACAAAUUUUUGUCAUAUUUUAAACCUUGCAUUAUACCAUUGGAAGGUGGUAUUGCUACAGGAUUUAAAAAGCCAGAAGAAGAAGAGUUUGAGAAACGGUUAUAUGUCUGCAGAGGAAAGCGGGUUGUCAGAUUGAAGCAGGUUCCUUUUGCUCGAUCUUCACUGAAUCACGAUGAUGUAUUUAUCCUAGACACUCAGAAUAAGAUUUAUCAGUUCAAUGGUGCAAACUCUAAUAUUCAAGAAAGAGCAAAGGCAUUAGAAGUUAUUCAGUUUUUAAAGGAAAAGUACCAUGAUGGGACGUGUGAUGUUGCAAUUGUUGAUGAUGGAAAAUUGGACACAGAGUCCGACUCUGGUGAGUUUUGGGUUCUCUUUGGUGGUUUUGCUCCAAUAGGAAAGAAGGUUCACAAUGAAGAUGAUCUUAUUCCUGAGACUUAUCCUGCUAAACUGUACAGCAUAACUGAUGGUGAGGUGAAGAUCGUAGAAGGGGAACUAUCAAAAGGCCUCUUGGAGAACAACAAAUGCUAUCUACUAGACUGUGGUGCUGAGGUUUUUGUUUGGGUUGGACGGGUGACACAAGUAGAGGACAGAAAAGCUGCCAGUCAAGCUGCUGAGGACUUUGUUAGCAGCCAGCAAAGACCAAAAGCAACACGCAUUACCCGUGUCAUCCAAGGAUAUGAAACUAAUUCGUUCAAGGCCAACUUUGAUUCUUGGCCGGCAGGGUCCACAGCACCUGGUGGCGAGGAGGGAAGAGGAAAAGUAGCUGCCUUGCUUAAGCAACAAGGAGUUGGUAUCAAGGGGAUGACUAAAAGUGCUCCUGUAAUUGAAGAAGUUCCUCCUUUGCUCGAAGGCAGUGGAAAGAUGGAGGUCUGGUGCAUCAAUGGCAGUGCUAAGACACCAUUGCAAAAAGAGGAUGUUGGUAAAUUCUAUAGUGGAGACUGCUAUAUUGUUCUUUAUACCUACCACUCGGGUGAGAGGAAAGAAGAUUACUUUCUAUGCUGUUGGAUUGGAAAGGAUAGCAUUGAGGAGGACCAAAAGAUGGCUGCUCGGUUGGCUAAUACAAUGUGUAACUCACUCAAGGGGAGGCCCAUUCAGGGUCGAGUAUUUGAAGGUAAAGAGCCACCCCAGUUCAUUGCACUAUUCCAACCCAUGGUUGUCCUUAAGGGUGGUUUAAGCACUGGCUAUAAGAAGAGUAUAGCAGACAAAGGCUUGACAGAUGAAACCUAUACUGCAGAGAGUGUUGCUCUAAUUCAGAUUUCAGGAACAGCUGUACACAAUAAUAAAACAUUGCAAGUUGAUGCGGUGGCAACAUCAUUGAACUCAACUGACUGCUUCCUCUUGCAAUCUGGAUCCUCAAUUUUUACUUGGCAUGGAAAUCAAAGCACUUAUGAACAGCAGCAAUUAGCUGCAAAAGUUGCUGAGUUUUUGAAGCCUGGAGUUGUUCUUAAAUAUGCUAAAGAAGGAACAGAGAGCAAUGCGUUCUGGUCUGCACUUGGAGGAAAACAAAGUUAUACCAGCAAAAAAGCAUCUACAGAGACUGUCAGGGAUCCCCACUUGUUCACUUUCUCUUUUAAUAAAGGAAAGUUUGAGGUUGAGGAAGUUUACAAUUUCUCUCAGGACGAUCUCUUGACAGAAGAUAUUUUGAUACUUGACACACAUGCUGAAGUGUUUGUUUGGGUUGGUCAAUCUGUAGACACCAAAGAAAAGCAAAAUGUUUUUGAAAUUGGCCAGAAAUACAUAGGCUUGGCUGCAUCUCUAGAUGGUUUGUCCCCAAAUGUUCCACUUUAUAAAGUUUCUGAAGGAAAUGAACCCUGCUUCUUCACAACAUUCUUUUCAUGGGAUUCCACCCGAGCUACUGUGCAAGGAAACUCGUUCCAGAAAAAGGUGGCAUUGCUUUUUGGAGCUAGCCAUGCUGUAGAGGUCAAGUCCAACGGGAACCAAGGGGGUCCCACUCAAAGGGCUUCAGCUUUAGCUGCCUUAUCUUCUGCAUUCAAUCCAUCUUCCAAAUCAACCCCUUCGGCCCAGGCUCGAUCCAAUGGAAAUAAUGGCGGACCUACACAAAGAGCUUCAGCUUUAGCUGCUUUGUCAUCUGCAUUCAAUCCAUCAUCAGCAAGCAAAACGUCAGCUCCAAAGCCUUCAAGCAGUGGUCAGGGUUCUCAAAGGGCAGCAGCUGUAGCUGCUCUUUCGUCGGUUCUUACUGCUGAAAAGAAGAAGCAACCGCACGAUGGAUCUCCUAUAAAAUCCACUAGCAGCACUCCUGCUGUAUCCAGCCCACUUUCUGAAGCACAGAGUGAGGCAGACCCUUCUGAAGCUGAGGAUUCUCAAUUGGUUGCUGAAGCCAAGGAGGCUGGUGUAGCAUCCCAAACCAAUGGGGAUGAUUCAGAACCAAAGCAAAAGAUACUGCAGGACGAGAAUGGGAGUGGAAGCACUCAAAGUGCAUAUAGUUAUGAGCAACUGAAAGCCAUAACUGGUAAUGCUGCAACCGGAAUUGAUCUCAAACAGAGAGAGGCUUAUUUGUCGGAUAAUGAGUUCCAGACAGUAUUCGGUAUGGAAAAAGAAGCUUUCUAUAAAUUACCAAAGUGGAAGCAAGACCUGAAGAAGAAGAAAGUUGGUCUAUUCUAAGUGUUAGGGGAUUUAAACAAGUUAUUAUGUGCUUCAUCUCCAUUCAACUAGCAAUCCGUCAUUCAUUUUGAUCUUUGAUUCUGCCAAAAAAUUAUUGUUUCGUUGGAAUAUGAUUUCUGGAUUGCCAUGUCUAGCUUUUUGCCUUUUGCCUUCUUGAUGAAUGUAGUUGCGGUUAGUAUUCAAGGUUGAUCAUAUGAUGAUUUCAAAAGAGUGAUUUUUCCCCUUUCCUUUUUGGUUGGUUUCCCCCCCUAUCUUCUCAUAGUGUCACUGGACACUGUAAUGAUCACAUAUUGUAGUUAAGGACAGCUUGGCAUGGCAUGCCAACAUUCUUUCAUUUGAUUGCCAUGUAUCUCCAUUAUCUGUGGUUAUUCAACUUUAUUUUAUUUUCCAAUGUUUGAAUUUGUUAAAGGUGCUGUAUAUGGUAUUGCAUUUGUAAUGAACCACAAUAUUAUAAGUAAAGAAAAUUCAUUGUUUGAGAA